GGGAAGCCUGUCAGUUUGUUUGUGAGUGCAGGACGGAGAAAGAGAGAAAGGGGUGGCGGGGAACUAUACACACUAGUGGGUGAUGGAUCAGAUCUCAACUGCACAUAGUGUUUGGAGCACAGCAAGAGUUUGCUUACGACACUGCCUUCGAACACCUUGAAAGUUCUUGGCACCUCAAAAAUCCUCUUUUCACACUCACUAAGUGCGAUAUACACACACACACAGGUGUGGAACAGAAUACCUACAAUUGUUUGCACUCGUACUGUAUCUUUGGGGCAAGAAGAGGAGCUCGGCAUCUUUUCUGGUCAUCAUAGGCACUAGUUUUUCAGGGAAAACAGGCGGACGUUGACAGAAAGCAAGGCAGUUUGUUCCUCAUCCUCAGUUUGAGGCACUCGGCCUGUGUGUGAUGUGUUUGUAAGCAGGACUCACCAUGCAUCUUCACAGGCUUACUUUGCUGGUUUGCUUUUGCUUUGCCCUCUGCUUUUGUUUAGCCAACGCUCAGCCUCCAUCCAGCCAACAUUCAUCCGGAGUGAUCCGCAGGGGUACAGAGCUAAUCAAAGUUCUCUUCACCCCAACUAUCUGCAGACUGCGUUGCACGCAGGGACGAUGCACCAACUACUGCGAGCGUGGAAAUGUCACCACAAUCUACAACAGUGAGCUGGGAGGACAAAUGCCUGGAUCUGGCUUCAGAGUGUUCUUGUGUCCGAUGUUGUGUAAGAAUGGAGGUGUGUGCAUACAGAAGGAUCAGUGUCUUUGUCCACCCAACUUUACUGGAAAGUUCUGCCACAUCCCCAUCUCCACGACCUCCACCAAUGACAUUGUGAAACCACUGCCGAGUCCUGUCGAUUCAGCCAAUCAGCCGAUGACUUCUGAGUACAUGCUGCCUCUGCAGACACCUGAGCAAAGCAACACCAAUGGUUCUCCUAUGGUGAAGAUAAGAGUCCAGCACCCUGCUGAAGCCAGCGUAAAAAUCCACCAGGUGCUGAAGGUGGGUUACAGCCCCACUGUGCACGAGCACUCCGAAAUGGUCACCUGGUCAGCGGGGCUUUCUGGUGUCCGUCCUCGCCAGCUGCCAGGAGAAAGGGCAGAGGCUCCGCCCCCACGAAUACAAGCCCAGACCAUACGUGGAGAUUCUGUCUACACUGAGUCGUCCAGCUUCAGAUACUGUUUCAGAGAAGUCCGCAAUGGACAGUGCAGAUCUCCUUUACCUGGUCUGCGGAGUAAGGAGACGUGCUGCAGAGGUGUGGGAAUGGCCUGGGGUAUCAACGAGUGCACGCUCUGCCUACCGGGCUCAGGAAACACAGUUAAUGGUCAGGAGAGCUGCCCGAAAGGCUUUGAGGUGGUCAAUGGGACACAGUGUAUGGAUAUUAACGAAUGUUUGCAGCCGGGUUUCUGUGAGAAUGGCAAUUGUGUUAACACCCGGGGGAGCUACAGUUGUAUCUGCAAAGAGGGCUACUUAUUGGACGCCUCUCAUGGAAUCUGCAUCUCACAGAAGGUGAUCUCGGAAGAGAAGGACCAGUGUUUCCGUAUUACCAACCAGGGCUCCUGCUCACUGCCCAUCCUGAGAAACAUCACCAAACAAAUCUGCUGCUGCAGUCGAGUUGGCAAAGCCUGGGGGAAGAAGUGUGAGUUAUGUCCUUACUUUGGCUCAGCUGCCUUUAAAGAGAUCUGUCCUGCUGGACCGGGUUAUCAUUACUCGGCAUCGGCUCUCAAGUUUAACCAGAGACCGGCCGAGACACUUGGCACUGGUUGGCCGAUUCUGGUCUCUGAAAACGGCCGCACAUCAAUACUAGACACAGGUCCUGACAGCUCCAGAACACACUCUACAACCAGAAUCCAACAACCUACAAGACCACAGCAACCAAAUACAAGCUCACUGUCUGGUUCAGUCUUUAUAACUCAACCGAAACCAAACCUGUCAACUGGUAGCGGGUCUCAAACCACUAAUGCUAGACCUCAGCAGCCUUCCAGUGUCCGUCCUGGGAACGCCACUACAGCAGCCAGCCAGCCAACAAGAGUGAUAACACCUGUUGUCCGGACGCAGACUAGCCGGCCCUUUGUUAACAGACAGCCAAUAUCUCCCGCCAGACCACUUCCAGUUCCAGCUAUGCCCCGCCCACUUCUACCUAGGCAAGAUGCAGGAGUGUGUGAAUCAAGUCCUCAGGUGUGUGGGCCGGGGCGCUGUAUUGACCUGCUAAGUGGGCGAUUUACCUGUGUGUGCAACACUGGAUAUAUACACAAUACUCAGCAACGCCACUGCCUAGACAUAAACGAGUGCCAGUUAACACCCAGACCGUGCUCUGUGGGAAAGUGUGAGAAUACAGCAGGCAGUUUCCACUGUGUUUGCCCAUCAGGAUACCAGACCAACUUGCAGCGGACACAGUGUAUUGAUGUUGAUGAGUGCCGUCAGGUGCCCAAUCCCUGUAUUAACGGCGGCUGUGAGAACACACGUGGCAGCUUCAGGUGUGUGUGCAGAAUUGGAUUCAAGCUUGAGGAGAACACCUGUAUAGACAAAGAUGAGUGUGUUGACCCUCUUCGGUGCCCGGGCCAGGAGUGUGUGAACUCUCAGGGGUCAUAUAGGUGUGUUUCCUGUAAGCCUGGCUUUGACCUACUCAAUGGACAAUGCUCAGAUAUUGAUGAAUGCCGUCGGACCCCAUCCCCCUGUUCAGAGGGUAGCUGUGAGAACACACCAGGCAGCUACAGAUGUACGUGUCGAACCGGAUACAGAUUCCAGGCAAACACCUGUGUGGAUGUAGAUGAGUGUCAGGACCUAUCGCAGUGUCCUUUUCAGGAGUGUGUGAACUCUCAAGGCUCGUACAGGUGUGAGUCAUGCAGACUUGGCUUUCGUCUUGUCAAUGGAAGAUGCUCAGAUAUUGAUGAAUGUCACCAGACAUCUCCUCCUUGUUCAAACGGUCGAUGUGAGAACACACCUGGCAGUUUUAGGUGUGAAUGCAGAACGGGAUACAGGCUGCAGGGUAACACCUGCGCAGAUGUGAACGAGUGUGAAGAUCCAUCUCAGUGUAUUGGUCAGGAGUGUGUGAACUCUCAGGGAUCUUAUAGGUGUGUUUCCUGCAGGCCUGGAUUUAGCAUUAAAAAUGGAGCAUGCUCAGAUAUCAAUGAGUGUCGUCAGACUCCUGCACUGUGUGCUAAUGGACACUGUGAGAAUACCUUGGGUAGUUACAGCUGUGUGUGUUGGUCUGGAUUCAAACUGGAUGGAAAUAUCUGCAAAGAUGUGAACGAGUGUGAGAAUGGACUUCAGUGCCCAGGAAAACUGUGCGUUAACUCGGCCGGUUCCUUCAAAUGUGUCUCCUGCCAGCCGGGCUUUGAGGUUCUUAAUGGCUAUUGUCAAGACAAAGAUGAAUGUAGCAAAAAUCCCACACUGUGCACUAAUGGCCAAUGCAAGAACACGCCAGGCAGUUUUAGAUGCGUGUGUGCUGCAGGCUUCCAGCUACAGGAUGGCAUUUGCUCAGACAUUGAUGAAUGUUUGGACCCACUGCAGUGUCCCGGUCAGCAGUGCAUGAAUUCUCCGGGCUCGUACGAGUGUGUUCCCUGCAGAGAUGGCCACAGCAUGCAGAAUGGACGCUGCACAGACAUUGAUGAAUGUCUUAGCACUCAGAUAUGUGGGUCACAGAGUGUGUGUGUGAAUACGGAUGGCUCUUAUCGCUGUGACUGCUUACCAGGAUACCGGGCAGUCAGUGCCCGUGGCCUGUGCCGAGACGUUAAUGAGUGUCUGGAAGGGGAUUUCUGUUUUCCAAGCGGCGAGUGUGUGAACACAGACGGCUCCUAUAUGUGUGUUUGCGCCCAAGGCUUCAAGAGCAGCGUUAACGGGACGUCCUGCCAAGAUGUUGAUGAGUGCGCACGCGAGGGAGUUUGCCAGAGUGGCCGCUGCGCCAACACAAAGGGUUCAUUCCUGUGCCACUGCCAAACCGGCUUUACUACCAAUCCAGAGAAAACAGCCUGUCUAGAUGUGAAUGAGUGUGAGGACUCAGAGGGGGCAGUGUGUGGAUCCCAGCGCUGUGAGAACACCAUUGGAUCUUUCCACUGUGUGGCAUCCUGUGAGCCUGGAUACCACAUCACUGCCACAGGAGAGUGUAUGGACAUCAACGAGUGUGCCAAUGAGACAGUGUGUGGACCCCACACCUUCUGUCAGAAUCUGAUUGGCACAUAUCAGUGUAUCUGUGACCAGGGCUAUGAGUCCACAGGCGAUGGGCAGGCGUGUGUGGACAUAAACGAGUGUGAGAGGAUGCAGGGGGUGUGUAGAUCUGCGCGCUGCUGGAAUGUAGAGGGAUCUUUUAUGUGCGAGUGUGAGAAUGGGCAGGAGGAAUUUGAGCCGCACUCUGGGCAGUGUGUGAACAGAGCGAGCUCAGGUCAGCUGGUUCAGUCUGGUGGAUCCUCGUCUUCCUCUGGUGGACAUGGUUCCAGUGGGUCCUCUGGGUCAGGAUCUAGCUCUUUGCCACAGUCUCGGCCUGGAGAACUGAGAGAGUGUUACUACGGCAUCUCUCAGCCAUACUCAUGCAAGAUAUUGAAACAGAACACCACUCUGCAGGAAUGCUGCUGUACUAUUGGACAAGGCUGGGGCCACCUCUGCCAGUAUGACAUCUGCCCUGAGUCCAGAACAGUGGAAUUCCAAUCAUUGUGUCCCAAUGGAAGGGGCUAUGUUACCGCAGAAACAGGAGCAUUCAGCUACAAGGAUGUGGAUGAGUGUAAGCUGUUUGAUCCAGAGGUGUGUAAGGGUGGAGUGUGUGUCAACAACAUUCCUGGAUAUGCCUGUUACUGCCCCAGCGGAUUCUUCUAUGACAUAGAGCUGCUGGAGUGCAUCGAUAAUAAUGAAUGUGACAAUGAGAAUGUCUGUCCUGGUGGUACAUGUGUUAACACACUGGGCACAUAUUACUGCACAUGUGAGCCCCCUCUAGUGUUGGAUGACACACAGCACAAAUGCAUCAACACAAGUGGCCUCACAGAAGAUGAGAACUUAAAUUUAUGUUGGCGACAUGUCACAGCUAGUCUGGUGUGUCAGAGUCCUUUAUUAGGAGCUCGGUUGACUUUCACUGAGUGCUGCUGUUUGUAUGGAGAGGCUUGGAGUUUAAAAUGUGCCCUCUGCCCUCGCAGAGACGAAGAGGCCUAUGAGUCUCUGUGUAUUGAGCUGGGUCCUCCUCCUUACUCCCCUCUGUAUUAUGAGCGCUUCGGCCCUGGACCUGGAAGAGGAGGAUACCGCCCACCUUACGGCCCCCCUGAGUAUCCCGAACCACUGCCUGGACGCCCAGAGUACCCCCCUACUGACUACGAUGACUACAGCAAUGUGGGGGCAGGUGGACGGAGGUCUGGGCUGAGAGCCAGACCACCCACUUCAUAUGGACUCCCAGACUCCCCCUACAGACAGCCAGCCACAGGUCGUUAUUAUGAGGAGGAUGAUUACGAAACCGCCCCCGGUCCUCCCUUCGGUAUUUCGGAUCCUCGCAGUGAACGAGCAUUUGAGGCACGACCCCUGCCAGCCCGUCCAGAUGGACUCCCACUAAGCUUGGCCCCCCUCCCUGAUAACUCCCCCUACAGCGAAGGUGAGGAGGAGGAGGACACAUGGAGAGCCCCGGCACCAGUCCCAAUAUUUCCCAAUAGAGGAGAGGGUCCUCGGAGAGUCUAUGAGCGGAGGUAUGAACCAUAUGGAAGUCUGAGUUCAGAGGAGUGUGGCAUCCUACAGGGUUGUGAGAAUGGCCACUGUAUCCGCGUCGAGGAAGGUUACACCUGUGACUGUUAUGAUGGUUAUCAGCUUGACAUCACCACUAUGACUUGCAUAGAUGUUGAUGAGUGUGAGGAGGAAGACACACUAGACUGUAUUAAUGGUAGGUGUGUGAACACAGAAGGCUCGUACAGGUGUGUGUGUCUCAGAGGGUUCAUCAUGUCCCGAAGACCCAACCACUGCAUUCCUGCUUAAUUACUCACAGACUGUCAUGGAAUUCACUCUGACAUCAAUGCGUACAAAGCUGGACUGUGAACCUUCUGUCAGACAAUGCUAGUUUGUUUGUUUUUUCACAUCAGGUCUGUAGUAUUAUAAUAUUACCUUUUCCCUCUUUUUCGUCCACAUUGCUGUAAAUUGUUUAUUUUAUUACUUUAUUUACAACAUUUGUGUGUAUAUCUAAAAGUCUAGUAGUGCAGAUUUACACGAAACACACAGGAAAGACUCGAGAGCUCAGUACUUUUGUACUCAAUAGAAGUUAGAUGUUAAAUGUAAAUGACCUGACUUUGAAUGAAUAUCUUGAUGUUUGUUGGACUCAUGCAACCAAAUAAACCAAAAGCUCUUAAAAAUACUAUAAUGUUUACUCAAAUUUCAUAUUUAUAUACCCAUAUCAAUGAAGGCAAUUCCGUGUAUACUAUAUACAGGUCCUUCUCAAAAAAUUAGCAUAUUGUGAUAAAGGUCAUUAUUUUCCAUAAUGUAAUGAU